UUUUAUUGUGUAAUGCUCAGUAGCGGAAGUGCGGAGUCGGACGGUGUGGGUGUGUGACGCCAGUGACCGAAACUUCCUGGUUGUCGUGCUUCACCUGACGAAACUGGAGCAAUAAUUCACACGAAAACAUAACCGGCUGCUCAUAUUAUACAACAAACUGACAUUCCAUCACUACAUCACAUCAUCUUUGUGUAAGCGGAGGGAGAAUUUAUUAUCUAAAGUAGAGAAAUCAGUCGAGCGCUGCUGGAGAUCCAGAGAAGACGGAGGAUGAGGGUGUUUGCCGGUGGGAAGGAUGAAGAGUUCCCCAGCUAACCGCAGUCGGGACAUCGAGCGUCAGGCAGGAUAUCUGCACCCGGAGCACUGUGCGCCGCCCCCUCCGCGGACACACUCGGCCGACGACAUGUGGUUCAUCCGGGACGGCUGUGGCAUCGUGUGCGGCGUGAUCACAUGGCUGCUGGUCUUCUACGCCGAGUUUGUGGUCGUCUUCGUAAUGCUGCUGCCGGCGAAGAAUGUGGCAUACAGCCUAAUUAACGGUGCUGUGUUUAAUGGACUGGCCUUCCUCGCCCUGGCAUCACACUUCAGAGCCAUGUGCACCGACCCGGGAGCCGUUCCAAAGGGAAACGCCACUAAAGAGUUUAUAGAGAGUCUGCAGCUCAAGCCUGGACAGGUGGUGUAUAAAUGUCCCAAAUGCUGCAGCAUCAAACCUGAUAGAGCACAUCACUGCAGUGUGUGUAAGCGCUGUAUCAAGAAGAUGGACCAUCAUUGCCCUUGGGUCAACAACUGUGUGGGAGAGAGCAACCAAAAAUACUUUGUGCUCUUCACUAUGUACAUUGCUUUGAUUUCUCUUCAUGCUCUCAUCAUGGUCGCUCUCCAUUUUGUCUUCUGUUUUGAAGAAGACUGGGCAAAGUGCAGUUCCUUUUCUCCUCCGACGACUGUCAUCCUCCUCAUCUUCCUGUGCUUUGAGGGUCUCCUCUUCCUCAUUUUCACCGCUGUGAUGUUUGGGACGCAGAUUCACUCCAUCUGUAAUGAUGAGACUGGAAUCGAGCAGCUGAAGAAAGAAGAGAAACAAUGGGCCAAAAAGUCAAAGUGGAUGAACAUGAAAGUGGUGUUCGGUCACCCGUUCUCUCUGGCCUGGCUGAGUCCGUUUGCCACACCGGAUCACGGGAAGGCCAAUCUCUACCAGUAUGUGGUCUGAGACGGCCGACCCGACAACCUCACCUCCUCUGUCUCUACACAAACAUCUCUUUGCUUUUUAACUCUGUCUGCUCUGAAAGACCUCAUUGCAUAGAACACCAUGCCACGCUGUUCGAGUGGCCUCUUUACGCUCAUCGAGACACUGACAGCCUCGGAGAGUGACACUGAUGUCCUGACUGCACUGUUGUAACGAAUCCCGCACUGUGAACGCUGUCAUUUACAAAUGAGGUUUGUGAUGAAUUGGAUCUAGUCGCCCGGUGAUAUUCUAGAGGCCUUGACCAUGAAACCUACUAACCAUCACCAGCCGUGGCAAAUAACUAAAGUGUUUCUUGUUUUUGUUUUUUUGAUUGACAGAUGCCUUUACAUUUGCUGGAUAAUUAGGAAAUGCCUUUUUUGUUUUGUGCUCAUGCUGUUCAUUCUCUGCUCAAGCCUUAGCACAGAAUUGCUGCUGUACCGUGUGAGGAAUCUUUCGUUGCCAAAUUGUAUUCCAUUAUGAAUGACACAAAAUCUCCUUUUUUCCUUUCUUGAUCAAAACUAAUUCAUAACUUGCAUAACACUAAUGGGUGAAUAUCAUGAAAACAUGUUUGGGUCAUAUUC